AUGCAGCAUCUAAACCAGAAGCACACACAGAACAGUGAUCCCACCCCUAAGAAAGCCAAAAGUUCACAGAAAUAUAAAACACAAGUUUGGUUCAGGCAGGUUUGUUCCCCAGAUCCUCUGCAUGCUGCAGGCAGGCUGUUGAACACUGGCCCUGGUGUACGUGGAUCAGGCACGUGUUACGGCUGUGCGGCUCUUAAAUGCUCUGUGUGGUUGUCUGGUUCCAGCCCAGAAUCCCAAGGGGUCAUCAGUGGCGUAGUGUUCCUGAUCAUUCUCUUCUGCUUCAUCCCGGUGCCCUUCCUGAGCUGCCUGGUGGAGGACCAGUGUAAGGCCUUCCCGCACCACGAGUUCGUGGCUCUCAUCGGCUCUCUCCUGGCCAUCUGCUGCAUGAUCUUCCUGGGCUUUGCGGACGAUGUCCUCAACCUGCGGUGGCGCCACAAGCUCCUCCUGCCCACCAUGGCCUCCUUGCCCUUGCUCAUGGUGUACUUCACCAAUUUUGGGAACACCACCAUCGUGGUGCCCAAGCCCUUCCGGAUGCUGCUGGGUACCCAUCUGGAUCUGGGCAUCCUGUAUUAUGUGUACAUGGGCAUGCUGGCCGUCUUCUGCACCAAUGCCAUCAACAUUCUUGCCGGGAUUAACGGGCUGGAGGCCGGGCAGUCACUGGUGAUCGCUGGCUCCAUCAUCACUUUCAACAUCGUAGAAUUAAAUGGAGACUACAGGGAUGACCACACUUUCUCUCUCUACUUCAUGAUUCCCUUUUUCUUCACCACGUUGGGGCUGCUGUAUCAUAACUGGUACCCGUCCCGGGUGUUUGUGGGCGACACCUUCUGCUAUUUUGCCGGCAUGACCUUCGCUGUGGUGGGCAUCCUUGGGCAUUUCAGCAAAACCAUGCUGCUCUUCUUUAUCCCACAAGUACUGAACUUCCUCUACUCCUUGCCUCAGCUCUUCCACGUCAUCCCCUGCCCACGCCAUCGGCUGCCCAGGUUCAACCGUGAGACAGGCAAGCUGGAGAUGAGCUACUCGAGAUUCAAGCCCAAGAGCCUCUCCCCCUUGGGAGCUUCUAUCCUCAAGAUGUCUGAGCGUCUCCACAUCGUCGACGUACAUCAGGGUGUGGACAAAGAUGGCGAAUACGUGGAGUGCAGCAACAUGACUCUCAUUAACUUGGUGAUCAAGCUGAUCGGGCCAACCCCUGAGAGAACCCUGACUGUCUUGCUGCUGCUGAUCCAGGUUGCUGGGAGCAUCGUUGCCUUUUCCAUCCGGUACCAGCUUGUGCGGCUCUUCUAUGACAUCUGAGCUGCGGCCGUCUUCUUUGGCCGGCAUCCAGGACAUACGUUGCGGUUCAGUUGCCCACGGCAGCCAGCCUGCUUCUCAGAGACAGAAGGCUUUCUUGGAAGAUGGCCUUCGAGGCCGUGUGGUGCUUCUGGCGGGGUUUUGAAUGUAGCACUUCCAUUACACGGGCGGAUGUGGAAAGGGCCAUCACACUUGCAGGGGGGGGUGGAGGAGAGUCAGGAGGUGGAGUAUUGCUCUCCUGCUUGCUGGGCCUGUGGACGAGGCCAAGCAGGCAAGCCGCUGGUACCGAGCUGCCCAGGCUUGAAUGGCUGCCCUUUCUGCUGUACGUCUCCUGCUCCGAGAACACCCCCUUCCUUCAUGCUUUCACCCUGCUUUUCCUGUACUCUGUCACUUGCCUCAGUGUGCAGGAGUGACGAGCGAAGACUGUUGUGGCAGGGAUCCAUGGCUAACUCUUUGCCCUAAACCCUCACAGCCAAAGUCCAGCAGCCUCAAAGCACCCACUGUGUGCUUAACCUAGUGUGUGUGUGUGUGGGGGGGUGUGGACUCUGCCCUUGUUUCCCGCCUCGCGGCCUGGACUGCUCACUCCUGAGGAUGUGGUAGUGAUUGUCCUGGGGGGUUGGGGGGAGGCAGCGAACUGGCUGCCAAGGCCGCCGCUCUGUGUGGUCAGUCCUGCUAACCUCCGCCUGCAACUCCUUCUGAUGCUGCUGCUCCUCGGCCGUUUUUUGCGGGACUGUCCACAUCCUCACCAGUGUGGGUGGCUUCGUGCACAGUCCUGUGUUGCCGUCUCUUGUGCUUGCUGGAUUACGAGGGAAGAGGAGCCUGAUGGAGUGGCGAUUUAUUUUGUUGGUAAGAAUAGUGUCUGAUGGGGAUCAAGGAGGAACAUACAGAAAAGCAAAAUGAAAAGACUCCUUUCGCCUUCGAGGCCACCACCUGUCUGGCUUGAGGAGGAACAGAAGGCGUGAUUGCGCAAGGAAGCCUCAUGGCUUGCUAGAGGGGCGGCUGGAGUCCUUCUGAGGUGUUUAGCCAAAUGGCCCUUUCCCCUUUUAGCAGGGAGAUGGAAAUAUGCCUCCUCCUCCCCUGUUCAAGGACUGAAAGUGGCCUGAAAUAAAUAUUC